AUGCCCGAGUUUGGGAUGAGCGAUUCGUCGUACUUUGACUCUCCAGACGUGAGUCUGGAGCACGCGACUUUUCCCCAUCUCACUGGUGUUGAGUGGGAUGCCCUAAAUCGCCUCGCGGCGAUAUCUGGAGAGGCAUUCGUUGUGUCGCUGAUGAGAUCAGCGACUCCUGAUGGACAGCGUCUCGCCAUACACGACUACAUGGCUCGCGAGCUCGCCGAAAUUCAUCGGCGAGGUUUAACUCCCUCGCGGACUUCACGGAACGAUGCCGUGAAGAUGGAGACCUCCGCCUAUUCUGGCGAAGUAAAAGAACGCUUGUCGCUGUCUCCCAAGGAGUGGGCCUUGGGAAAACUCGUUGUUGACGAGUUUGCGUUCCCCACUCUGGAAGCUAUCCAGAGUGACCUUCGACUCGCCUUCAAGCCGCCCCAGGAAGAGAAGUUGGUGCGUUCAAGGUUUCUGUCCCUGCGACAGGGUAAGAUGUCCAUGCGCGACUACGUGCAGAUGGCUCGACAUCUGGCGUCUUGCAUUAUCACGCAUCCCAUGGACAUGUAUACACAAGUGAACGUGUUUGUCGACGGCAUGCGUGAAGGGCAGACUCGCCUCUCGCUGGAACGAGCAGAGCCUGCCACGUUGGAGGAGGCUUUCGCUAUCGCUCUCCGUGAGGACUUCAGAGUCACCAAGGCCUAUACCAAGCCUUCAGUUGUUACCGCUGUCAGAUCAGCGGGCCCGGAACCUAUGGAGAUCGAUGCAAUUGAGUCGUCGGGUGACCGACGACGCUCUACAGCCUACAAGGGCGACGUCCGAGGCGGACGUCAGAUGAUCUGCUUUCGAUGCCGAAAGCCGGGACAUCGCGCGGCUGAAUGCCGCGCGCCAGCACCGAUUUCGGUGCAUGCGACGGACACCCUUCAUGAGGGAGGUGCUCCGAUCAGUCGUCCAAAAAAUGGACGAGACCAGUAG